UGCUGUCCGCGCACGCUGUGUAGCUGGGACUGCACUUUCCUCUCAUAACUCCUGGAGGAUUGGGAAAAGGUUGAAGGAAACAUGGUGAACCAGAGAGCUGAUGUAGGUUGGCAGUCCUCUAAGAGCGACUCCAGCGGGGUCAGUAACAGCGGAGAGAGCUCCAAAGAGAGCUCCAGGUGCUCGACCCCGGUACUGGACGCUGACCGCACCGACCGGCUGCGGGACAAGAUGAAGCGACGGAUUGAGUCUGGGGACCACUGGUUCUCCCUGGAGUUCUUCCCACCUCGCACAGCGUCUGGAGCCGUCAAUCUUAUCUCUAGAUUUGACCGGAUGGGUUCUGGAGGUCCGCUCUUCAUCGACGUCACUUGGCAUCCGGCUGGAGAUCCGGGCUCAGAUAAAGAAACGUCCUCCAUGAUGAUAGCAAGCACAGCGGUCAAUUACUGCGGCCUGGAGAGCGUCCUGCAUUUGACAUGCUGCAAUCAGACGAAAGAGAAAAUAACAGCCCAUUUAAAUAAAGCCAAGCGACUCGGCCUAAAGAAUAUCAUGGCCCUGAGAGGAGAUCCUAUUGGGGAAGAUUGGGUGGAGGAAGAUGGUGGCUUCAACUAUGCUACAGAUCUGGUCAAGCACAUUCGCUGUGAAUUCGAUGACUACUUUGAUAUCUGUGUUGCAGGUUACCCGACGGGCCACCCAGAGGCAGAGAGCUAUGACAAUGACCUCAGGCACCUGAAGGAGAAGGUGGAUGCUGGUGCACACUUCAUCGUCACCCAGCUCUUUUUCAGGGCAGAGACCUUCCUCAGAUUCGUCAAAAACUGCCGGGCCAUUGGCAUCACUUGCCCCAUUCUCCCGGGAAUCUUCCCCAUCCAGGGGUAUCACUCACUGCGUCAGCUGGUCAAACUCUCCAAACUGGAAGUGCCCGAGGAGAUCAUGCAGGUGAUUGAGCCCAUCAAGGAUAAUGACGCCGCCAUUCGCAGCUACGGCAUCCAGCAGGCGGUGGAGAUGUGUAAGGUUCUUCUGGCCAGCGGAGAGGUCCCAGGCCUGCACUUCUACACACUCAACAGAGAGGUGGCCACCAUAGAAGUGCUCCGACAGCUGGGCUUAUGGGCCGAGGAUCCACGACGACCUCUGCCCUGGGCCGUCAGCGCUCAUCCGAAGCGUAAGGUAGAAGACGUCAGGCCAAUCUUCUGGGCUUCCCGACCCAAAAGCUACAUCUACAGGACGCAAGACUGGGAUGAUUUCCCCAACGGAAGAUGGGGUAACUCCUCAUCACCAGCUUUUGGCGAGCUGACAGACUACUACCUGUUCUACCUGAAGAGUAAGUCUCCCAAAGAGGCCCUCCUGCAGAUGUGGGGUGAGGAACUAAUGAACGAGGGGAGUGUGUAUGAAGUCUUCACCAACUACAUCACUGGCCAAACCAAUCCCAGUGGACACAAGGUCAUGUGUCUGCCGUGGAACGACGAUCCUCUGGCUCCGGAGACCAACCUGCUGAAGGAUGAGUUGGAGAAGGUGAACCGCAGAGGGAUUCUGACCAUUAACUCUCAACCCAACAUUAACGGCAAACCCUCAUCCGACCCCAUUGUGGGCUGGGGCCCUGCGGGGGGAUACGUCUUUCAAAAGGCUUACCUGGAGUUUUUCACGUCCAGCGAAAAUGUCACUGCGCUUCUGCAAGUGCUGAAGAAGUAUGAACCUCGUGUGAACUACCACAUAGUCAACGUUCAGGGCAAGAAUAUUACGAAUGCCCAUGAAAUGCAGCCCAACGCUGUGACAUGGGGCAUAUUCCCCGGCAGAGAGAUCAUUCAGCCCACCGUCGUGGAUCCAGUCAGCUUUAUGUACUGGAAGGACGAGGCUUUUGCGCUGUGGAUUGAACAGUGGGCGAAGCUAUACGAGGACGAGUCUCCCUCACGCAUGAUCAUUCAGUACAUCCACGACAACUACUUCCUCGUCAACCUGGUGGACAACGACUUCCCGCUCGACAGCUGUCUGUGGCAGGUGAUCGAAGACAUGUUCGCGCUCCUGGACUCCCCUCGAGAAACUCAGGAGGAGGGAAGUCAAUCGUAGCAUCACAGAACUCAAAAGUCUGCCUGCGCUGCUAUUGAGACGUCUCGACGCACACGCACAUACUGAAAACUACAGUGUUUUUAGUCCGUUUCAGAGCUUAAUUCGUCAUUACUCCCAAUGCAUAGGGAAAAAAAUCAUGACAAAUGUAGCACUACAUAAGAUGAUUCGCCUUAAUCUUUAAAGGGACUUGUGUUUGCAGUUUUGGGUGCCAUUUUCUUAUAUCCUUUUAUCCUACAUUAACUAUUUAUAGACAGUAUUUUGGAUAUUGCAUGUUCAAUAUAUGAUUGUCGAAGUCAAACGUGUGGACACAAAAUACAGUAUAUGGCUACUGUAUUUCACUCAGACUUUAUAGGUGAAUCUUAUAAAAACAUGUCACAUCCAAUGUCAAACAGGUCAUAUUUCUAUGCAAAAUCAAGAAAAAAAAAAAAUUGUUUAAAGGGAUAGUUCACCCAAUGAAAUGAAACUUCUC